GCUUGUAGAUGUUGGGUCGUGUGCUUGCUCUGGCAAUUCCCUUCACCAGAUGCGUUUUCUGAGCAUGGAGGAAAGCUGGACUCUUUUACGCGAUAAGGUUUUUGGGAAUGGUGGUUACCCUCCGGAAUUGGAGAAAAUUGGGAGGUACAUUGGCCAUCAGUGUCAAGGGUUGCCACUUGCAGUUGUUGCAAUUGGUGGACUACUUUCCAAGAUGAGCAAGGAAACAAGUUCUUGGGAGAAUGUUGCAGAAAAGAAACUCGUGAGAUCCCGGUCUGGAAGUUAAUAAAGUUAUGGAUUGCUGAGGGCUUCGUCAAGAAAGUUAAUCAUAAAAAUCUAGAAGAUGUGGCAGAGGAAAAUUUGAGGGAGUUGGUUGAUAGAAGUUUGGUUUUGGUGGGGAAGCAUACUUCCCUAGGAAAAAUCAAGACUUGUAAGAUGCAUGAUCUCGUUCGAGAUAUGUGUUUGAGAGAAGCCCAAUAUGAGAAUUUUAUACACUUCAAAACAAG